UCAGGGGUGGAGCGUGGUGGUGGCCGUUCCUCUGCUGCGUGGAGUGUGUGGGCUGCUGCAGCUUGGCGGUGGCUUGGUCUGGGCCUGUGUGUGCAUGUGUGUGUGCGUGCAUGUGUGUGGUUGGUGAUGAUGAGGUGAUGUGAUAAGAGCAUAUGUUGGUACCUGAAAAAAACAGCACUGACAGUCGUGAGUGUAUCCUGGUGCUGACGGUGAGCUGCCAGGGGCGUGAGGGACACCACCAAAGCAGUGAGAGGAACAUUGCAACACUACUGACGAAGAACUGUGAUCGUGUAGUGAGAGGAGAACCUUAAGUACGGAUUGGCAAGGAAGUGCGACGCUACUGGCAAUGACCUGACGGAAAGCCCGUCCCAGUAUGCCAUCACUACCACUCCGUCUGACACUCGAGGUCAUGGCCAUGGCGGGGCACUACGCGGUUUCUGGACAGGGCAUAAUCACUUCCCACAUGGCCUCCCACACACUGGCAGUCACGUGCCAAUGAAUCACGCAGUAUUGGCGGUCGCAGGACAGGCUGAGGUCCGUACGGGGGACGCUGAACUGAGGCGAGAAUAACAAGUCUGGAGGAGACAGUGACAAGUGGGUGAGUGGCAGCCAUGACGCAGCAGCAGCAGCAGCCACCGUCGUACCCCCCUACCUACGAGGUGGCGAUGCUGGGCCAACCUUACGUCAUCGCCCCCAUGCUGCCCUACCAACACUAUGAGUCCACACUGCAACACUACGUACAGAUGUCCACGGCUCCCUCCGCCCCUCCGCUUUCGCCCUCGCCCACCGAAAUACAGGAGCAGAGGCGCUUUUGGAACCACUACGGCCUGGACCUGGUAAUGGGCUUCCAUCAGAUUUACCUCCACAGCAGGACAGGGGACAAGUACCUCCUCACGGACGCCAGCAAGUCCUUGAUCUACACGGCUGCCAUCGAUGUGGAGACGACCUGCUUCUGCUGCACUGUCCCUCGCGGCCCAGGAGUCACCUUCAACCUUACCAGCAGGAACCAGCAGCACGUCCUCACCGUCCACCGGUCCACGCAGACUUUCUGGUGCUCCUCCGAGGAAACCGAGGUGGAGGUGAAGAUCCCACCAGACAUGAUGAUCGGGACUGUCGAGGGUAAAGGUGAAAAUUUUACUCUCGUCAAUCCUUCUGGUGACAUUACUUGCUAUGUGGAGAAGGAGGAAGAGGCCUGCUGCUCGUGUAACAGUUCCUCCCAUAAGGUGGUGCCAGUCGGAUUUCCUCAUGACCUCGGCAGCCUGACGCGGUUUGGGUCAGGACUGGUCAUUACCUUCCCUGCGGUCCUGGACGUGGCCACCAGGGUGCUGCUCACCUGCUGCGCCCUCAACCUGCAAUAUGCAAUAGAGGAGGAGAGGAAGUCAUCCUCUUAAGAUAAUCCUCGGUGGUGACUAAGGUCCUCUCGGGAUCCUAUGUACUUUGGUGGACGAGUUGGUUAUGUUGCUGUGAAAAGAAUCUGAUGCUGUGUUUUGGCAUGUCUUCAAAGAAAAGUCACAAUCUCACGUGUAAUAAACUAUUUUUAUAUAAGAUAUUUUUGUAUCGGAAAUCCUCUUUUUUAAGUGUACGGCUAAGUAUCUGAAAAUUAUGUACAACCUUGCACAGAAAAAUAUGCUCAAAUCCAUUCCUUGCACGCACAACCUGCAGCGUGCAAGUACAACACAUCACUAUAAAUGUACACCAAACAAACACGUACACCUGAGUGAAUACACUUUAUAAUAACCUGUUUGUUGUUCGCUUUUCAGUAAUGGCUGAUUUUACCAUUUCGUACAAUUUUGCACCCACUGCUGAACGACAGACAGGACGUGAACUUUGUCAAUAAAAUUAA